CGAGCUCAAAUGGUACUAAUCGGGUUCGAUAAGUAAUUCAUGGACCAUCAAGAUCCGAUCCAUUUUGUUCAGGUUCGCGAUCCGAUGAACUAAUCACCCGACUCUUCGCUGGGUUCGCUCUCGCCUCAGGGCAUUCUUCUUGGGAAAUUGUUUCAGUAUUUCAGAAUCCAUGAACCGUCUUCCGAGACGUUAUACCCUUGGAGGCUUCAGGGGUUUCGCUGUGCAGAGUGGAAAGGGAACCCCUUUGCAAAAUUUGAAGAUUGAAGGGAUUAAAGACAUCAUAGCUGUUGCUUCCGGCAAAGGAGGCGUUGGCAAGUCUACUACAGCCGUUAAUUUGGCGGUUUCACUGGCAAAUAAGUGUCAGCUUAAAGUUGGGCUGCUCGAUGCUGAUGUCUACGGGCCGUCGAUUCCUAUCAUGAUGAAACUCCGUGGAAAGCCUGAAGUGAGUGCAGAUAAGAAAAUGAUCCCAAUUGAAAACUAUGGAGUCAAAUGCAUGUCAAUGGGAUCUCUUGUCGCAGAAGGGGAGGCAAUUGUCUGGAGAGGUCCUAUGGUCAUGAAAGCACUGGAACAGAUGACGAGAGGAGUUCAUUGGGGGAACCUAGAUAUUCUUGUGGUAGACAUGCCACCUGGCACUGGUGAUGCUCAGAUUUCCAUAUCCCAGAGAUUGCAGUUGUCAGGAGCAUUAAUUGUUUCAACUCCUCAAGAUGUUGCAUUAAUGGAUGCUCGAAGAGGUGUUAAAAUGUUCUCACAAGUCAACGUGCCGAUUUUAGGAAUCCUGGAGAACAUGAGUUACUUUAAAUGUCCAAACUGUUCUGAGCCUUACUACAUAUUUGGUAAAGGCGGAGCUCAAAAGACUGCUGAAGAAAUGGGUAUGAAGUUUCUUGGAGAGGUACCAUUGGAGACGAGGAUCAGAAGUGGCUCUGAUGAAGGCGUCCCUGUUGUGAUAUCCAAUCCUGAUUCUUCCAUAUCCCAUGUCUACAGCGAUGUGGCGAAAAAAGUGAUCAGCAGGCUUGAAGAAUUAACCAAAGAGCAAUACCUCCGGCCUGAAAUAAACAUAUAGAUUAGUUCUUUCUCAAGCUCAUAAAGACCUCAAACAUGGUUACGACAUCAGAAAAGAGUUUUGCCGACUAACAGGCUACCGUCUGAAUUCGGUUCGAUCUUCGUGUCCUGUGCUACAGACAGAUCUUUUUGUAAUUUCACUGCUCUUCUAACUUUGCUAGUCAGGAAUUGAAUUUUAUGUUGUUAUGGAGUUUUGACCAACAACUGCACAGAUUCUCCCCCUCUUUUUUAACGAUUGAUUUAUUCUUUACUUUUUC